AUGAGGACUGCCCUCCGUCUCCUCUUCUCUACACUGAACAAACCAAGAGAGACAGCCAAGUGGUGCAGUAUUCCACUAAUGGUGUACCACCCAGUGUUCACCUACUAUGAUCAGUACCUGGUAACAGUGCAGAACACCAUUCAGAACGUUGUAGUCGCUGUCAGGGCAAUGCUCGUUGUCUCUGUUUUGCUUACUCCCAACCCACCAUGUUGCUUGUGGGUGACUUUUGCUAUAGCUUCUGCUAUAAUUGGUCUUGCUGGUUUCGUGACGUUUUGGAACAUCAGUCUAGAUUCCAUAUCCAUGAUCAGCCUGGUAAUUUGUACAGGGUUUUCAGAUUUUUCUGCUCGUAUUACCUAUGUCUCUGUUACGAGUGGAGAGUCAUGAGCCAGUAAAAGGGCAAGCUCUGUCCCUGCUAGGUUACUUGAUAUUGCAGUUUCUACUAUGUUAGGAGUAGUUGUCCUGGCUGCAGCAAAAGCCUACAUCUUUAGGACAUUUUUCAAGAUUUUGUUUGGGGCUCUUCAGAGUCUUGUUUUUAUUCUGGUUUUAACCUUUUUUAGAAACUUUGGCAGAUCACCCCGCAAUACCAAAUCUAAAAAGCUAGAGCUUAAGUUUAGAAAUCAUAAAGAUUGUCUGUAA